UCCCUGUCCAGCCCCUGAUGAAAGCACACUGGAGCAGCGCUACAACCGCGUUUCUACAAAAUCCGCUAUCAUUCCUUUAAUCUGACGCAACGAAGGGGACUAUUCACUUUUGCGCAGCCAAACAUCAGGAGCUCCAGGGGCCAAACAAAGAGAAGAGAACGAGGAGUGAGUGAGAAAUAAAUAGAAACGCGCAGCCCUGCGCCCCCAACUAUGGCUCCAACGACGCUCAUCGGAGAGUUCGCCCAGUCCGCGUCCAAGGAGCGGGCUGAAGCGCCGGAUGAGAGCUCCACUGCGCUCCUCCGGGUGUGAGAACACCGGUGGACAGAGACAGACAGCAGCUCCUCUCCCAGCCGGGACUUUGGAGGCUGAAAGCGGCUCAGAUCCUGCGUGCGUACAGCGCGCUUCCUUUCCAGAACUCUCUAAUUUUUUUUUCCGGAGAUCCACCUCAGAAGUCAGCGCCCACCUGAACACCCGGGGAACUUUGCCUUGCUGACAGGCCGCCAGUUUGCAGGGGAGUCCAUGUGGGGAGCGCAGUAAGCUUCGCGCCCUCCGCGGGGCUUGAAGACCAAACCUCGGUGUGAUCUUAUCAAAAGUCCUGAAAAGUCCUUUGAAGUCCAGGGGCUGUCGCUGCGAAGAUGCCGGUCAGGAGAGGCCAUGUGGCCCCGCAGAACACCUUCCUGGAUACUAUCAUCAGGAAAUUCGACAGUCAAAGUCGGAAGUUUGUCAUCGCCAAUGCCAGAGUUGAGAACUGCGCCAUCAUCUUCUGCAAUGACGGUUUCUGUCACUUAUGUGGCUACACCCGAGCUGAGAUCAUGCAGAAACCCUGCACAUGCAACUUCCUGUAUGGGCCUGACACCAAGAGGCUGGCUAUUGCCCAGAUGGCACAGGCCCUGCUGGGGUCCGAGGAGAGGAAGGUGGAGAUCAACCUGUACAGAAAAGACGGCCAGUGCUUCCAGUGUAUGGUGGACGUGGUGCCGGUGAAGAACGAGGAUGGAGUGGUGAUCAUGUUUAUCCUCAACUUUGAGGUCAUGACUGACGAUACAUUUAAGGACCACAAACGGGAGCUGAAUCAUCGCCUGCCCACCUGGCUUGUUACAGGUCGUCCACGAGGCUUCAAGUUGCGAUUCCCCCAGCUCCGCUCCCUGUCCAACAGUAAAGCAUCACUGGACGACGCAGAGGCCGGUCACGUCCCCAUAGCUACGCCCCUGCCGCUACAUCCAGACCAUAGUCCAGAAUCCUUAGGUCUGGGCGAGUUCCUCCCUCUGCCCCCCUUACCACCAAACCACCAGGAGCAACUCAGUGGAAGCAGGUCAGCUCUUCAGCAUUGGCCAGAAGAUCGGCAGGAGGACCAGCGCACACUUUUGUGCUCAGAGGCUCCCGUUUCCCUCCCUCGGCUCCCGGCCCACCGGGCUCACCUGGUCGGGCCCAUUAAUCAGUCGACCCCGUGCGUCGUGGUGCGCCACCGCCUCAGCCUCAACCCGGACGCCUCGUGCUCCAACUGCUCCCUGACGAACAGCCGCUCGCGGGAAAGCUUCCACAGCAUGCGGCGCGCCUCCUCCGUGGACGAGAUCGAGGCCUUGAGGCCCGAGUGGGACCGGAAGAACCGGAGGGUCAGCGUCCGGCCAGCCAGUAGUAGCACCGGUGCAGUAAACAGCAAGUCUAACAUACUGAACUCCACCUCCGACUCGGACCUGAUGCGGUACCGUACGAUAUCCAAAAUCCCCCAGAUCACCCUCAACUUUGUGGAUUUCAAACCAGACCCCCUCAUCGCCCUGCCCUCUGGAGAGAUGGACAUCAUAGCGCCCUGCAAACUUAUUGACAGGACACACAACGUCACAGAGAAGGUCACACAGGUGCUGUCUCUGGGUGCAGAUGUGUUGCCAGAGUACAAGCUUCAAGCUCCUCGCAUCCACAAGUGGACGGUGUUGCACUACAGUCCCUUCAAGGCAGUGUGGGACUGGCUCAUUCUGCUGCUGGUCAUCUACACUGCCAUCCUGACUCCCUACUCAGCUGCCUUCCUCCUCAAUGACCAGGAAGAGGUAGCCAAGCAGAACUGCGGUUACUCCUGCUCUCCCCUCAAUGUGGUGGACCUCAUAGUAGACAUCAUGUUCAUCAUUGACAUCCUCAUCAACUUCAGGACAACAUAUGUGAACUCUAAUGAUGAAGUGGUGAGCCAUCCGGUGCGCAUCGCCGUGCACUAUUUCAAAGGCUGGUUCCUCAUCGACAUGGUUGCUGCUAUUCCCUUUGACCUGCUCAUCUACCGCAACGGAGAGGAGACCACCACCCUGAUAGGCCUGCUGAAAACUGCUCGUCUCCUGCGAUUGGUUCGUGUUGCCAGAAAGUUGGACCGCUACUCAGAAUACGGCGCUGCUGUCCUCUUCCUUCUCAUGUGUACCUUCGCCCUCAUCGCUCACUGGCUGGCCUGCAUCUGGUAUGCAAUUGGUAAUGUAGAGAGGAACGGUUCAAUAGGCUGGCUCCACACCCUGGGGGACCAGUUGGGAAAGCACUUCAAUGAUUCUAUCCCAGGUUCAGGACCUUCAAUCAAAGACAAGUAUGUCACAGCUCUAUACUUCACAUUCAGCAGUCUGACCAGUGUGGGUUUUGGAAAUGUGUCGCCUAACACUAACUCUGAGAAGAUCUUCUCCAUCUGUGUCAUGCUCAUCGGAUCCCUGAUGUACGCCAGCAUCUUCGGCAACGUGUCAGCCAUCAUCCAGCGGCUCUACUCAGGGACGGCCCGCUACCACACCCAGAUGCUGAGAGUCAGGGAGUUCAUCCGCUUCCACCAGAUCCCCAACCCUCUCAGGCAGAGGCUGGAGGAGUACUUUCAGCACGCCUGGUCCUACACCAAUGGCAUCGACAUGAACGCAGUACUCAAAGGGUUCCCCGAGUGUCUCCAGGCAGACAUCUGCCUCCACCUGAACCGAACACUGCUGCAGAACUGUAAGGCCUUUAAAGGCUCCACCAAGGGCUGUCUCAGGGCGCUGGCCAUGAAGUUCAAAACCACCCAUGCACCCCCUGGUGACACGCUGGUCCAUGCCGGGGACGUCCUCACUGCUCUCUACUUCAUAUCCAGGGGAUCCAUAGAGAUCCUGAGAGGAGACGUAGUCGUGGCUAUCUUGGGGAAGAAUGACAUAUUUGGGCGAACCCAUCACCUGUACCCCCGCCCGGGUAAAUCCAAUGCUGAUGUAAGAGCGCUGACCUACUGUGACCUCCAUAAAAUUUUAAGAGAAGACAUCCUGGAGGUGCUGGAUAUGUAUCCGGAGUUUGCAGAACAUUUCUGGAACAACUUGGAAAUCACCUUCAACCUCAGAGAUACCAACAUGAUCCCAGGCUCUCCAAGCAGCGAUGACUCUACUGGUGGGGGGUUCAACAAAUUACGGAGGCGGAAGUUAUCGUUUCGAAGACGUACAGAGAAAGAUGACGCAGAUGCUGGAGAAUAUAAAAAAUCUCAUAAAUCUUCAAGGCGAAGACAGAGGGAAACAGCCAACAACCAAAACGAGAAGGAGGAAGCAACCAAAAGACGGUGGGGGGGACAUCGAAGCUCAGUGUCUUCCCACUCCAGUGGCGACGAGGGGGAGGAGUCUGUUGUGACUGGCCUCGCUCCACCACCUGCGUUGCUGGAACCCCCCAAAGCUCAAGCUGCGCCCAGGAACUUUAGUGAGAGCACAGAGGCUGAGGGAGACCCCAAGACUGGGAACACCUGUAAUGCCCUUUCAGGUGCUUUCUCAGGGGUUUCCAACAUCUUUAGCUUUUGGGGAGAGAGUCGAGGAGGUGGCCAGUACCAGGAGGUCCCGAGCUGCAGCCUGGCCUCCCCCCCACCUCUCAAUACUCCGCUGCACAGCCUGAGCCGUCAGCAGCGCAGCCAGCUGGAAACACGACCUCGACCUGACUGCAGAAACAAACUCAACAGGUCAGUGCUGUCUCUGGGUGCAGAUGUGUUGCCAGAGUACAAGCUUCAAGCUCCUCGCAUCCACAAGUGGACGGUGUUGCACUACAGUCCCUUCAAGGCAGUGUGGGACUGGCUCAUUCUGCUGCUGGUCAUCUACACUGCCAUCCUGACUCCCUACUCAGCUGCCUUCCUCCUCAAUGACCAGGUAGGGCCUUAUGUAAAACUCACUGUCAGUUCAGAAGGAUCCAUGCGUGCAUGA